AUGGCACAAGGAAAAUCUGGAAAAUCCAGCGUAUGGAAAUUUUUUAAAAUAUGUGAAGAUGAAAAAAAAGCCGAGUGUUCUCUUUGCGACUCGACAUCAAAAAAUCAAAUUGUAAGAGGCAAAUCGUCGAAAUUAUUUUCAACUAAACCCUUAUGGAACCAUUUGAAAAGUAAACAUCCGUUAAUAAUGAAAACAUUAGAUAAAGAAGUAAAUGCCAGUAAGGAUGAAGAUGAAGAUGAUCCAUUGGCUUCUAGCUCUUCAUCUACGACAAUCCUAAAGAAAUCAGAAAAACCAGAAUCUCGUCAGACACAGCCUACUUUAAAGUCUGUAAUUAAGAAAAAAGAAAUGUGGUCUUUGAAUGAUUCAAGAUCAAUCAACAUAACCAAAAAGAUCGGUGAAAUGAUAGCUCUUGAUGCUGAAGCAUUUGCACUAGUUGAGCGCAAAGGCUUUGAAAGAUUAAUAAAGUUUUUGGCACCGCAGUAUCCUCUACCUUGUAGAACACAUUUUUCCGAAAAAAUUAUGCCCCAGAUGUACGAAAACUUGAAAACACGUAUUUGUAAAGAAUUAGCUACUGCAAAAUACAUAUCGUUUUCCACCGAUAUCUGGACUUGUUCAGCAAACAAUGAGGCAUUCAUAAGUUUGACAGCUCACUUUAUACGAAAUGAUGAUAUACGGAGAGAAAUAUAUGUUCUCAGCGCAAAACACUUUCCUGGUAGCCAUACUGGCGUCAAUAUCGGUCAGAUAUUAAAUGAUAAUGAAGAAUGGCAUAUCAAUUCUAAUCAAAUUCAUUUAAUUUUAAGGGACAAUGCUGCUAAUAUGAUUGUUGGAACUGGAGAAAAUGUAGGAUGUAUUAUUCAUACUUUACAACUCGUGAUCCAUGAUUGCAUUUUUAAAAAUCAAAAAUUUGUUGAAAUUUUGGGAAAAUGUCGGAAAAUUGUUGGACAUUUUAGCCAUUCUGCACUCGCUUGUUCGAAACUCAAUAGCAUUCAGGAAAAUUUGAAGUUACCAAUUCAUAAAUUAAUUCAAGAUGUUACCACACGAUGGAAUUCUACAUUUUAUAUGUUGUCUAGGAUUUAUGAACAACGACAAGCAGUAACUGCAUAUGCUGCAGAAAGAGAUAUACCAACCCUUACAGCCAUUCAAUGGAAUAUGGUAGAAAACGUUAUACGUGUUCUCCAACCAUUUGAAGAAAUUACUAAAAUAUUAAGUUCUGAUUGCGAGACAAUUGGAUAUAUUAUUCCAGCAGUUGUUACUUUACAUUCAUAUCUUUCAAAACGACAAAAAGAUGCUGGAAUAGUAAUGUUGAAGGAAGAGCUCAAGAAAGCAAUAGAAGAACGAUUUUUUAAUUCUAUAGGACUCAACAUCAAAGAUCGGAAAUGUUUUGUACUGGCUACUCUUUUAGAUCCAAGAUUUAAAACUAAGUUUUUGUCAGACGAAAAUAAAGCCAAAGAUUGGAUCAUUAAUGAAUUACUCGAAAUAAAUAAUACAAUCAUCGAAAAUGAUGAAAACAAAACACCGAAACGUAAUGUCGGCCCUCUUCAAAAGCAAGACAUAAUCAGUGAAACACAUGACGACAUCUGGAAGUGCUUUGAUGACAUAGUGAACAAUUCAAAAUCGGAUACCGAUAAUAGCAGUUUUGAGGAUUCAUCAAGUCAAACAACUUUUACAAGACAACCCAGUGACAGAAGCAAAAAGAAAGCUGCAGUUUAUAAUGCAGAGUUAUCAAAAUACCUGAUGCUACCUCUGUCACCGAGAGAUGAGGAUCCCUUAACAUGGUGGAAGACUCAUAUUUUAGAAUACCCUAAUCUCAAAACUUUAGUUUUGAAAUACUUAAGCGCUCCACCAUCCUCCGUGCAUUCAGAAAGACUUUUCAGUGCAGGAAAAUUGGUUUAUUCCGAUAAUCGAAAUAGAUUGUCACCAGAAAACGCUGACAUGUUAUUAUUCAUCAUGAAAAAUUUAUUAAUAUUGAAUUUUGAUUAUGAUUAUGAUUGUGAUUUGUGA